AACUCCCGCCUCUCCCCAUUCCAUUCCCCAUUACUGCAACUCCAGCAAAACCCUAGAAAUCAACUUUUCUCAAAUAAAAUGUCAGGCCGUGGAAAGGGAGGCAAAGGUUUGGGAAAGGGAGGAGCAAAACGACACCGUAAGGUGCUCCGUGAUAACAUUCAGGGAAUUACUAAGCCAGCUAUUCGGAGAUUAGCGAGAAGAGGUGGAGUGAAGAGAAUCAGUGGGUUGAUCUAUGAGGAGACACGUGGAGUGUUGAAGAUAUUUUUGGAAAAUGUGAUUCGUGAUGCUGUGACUUACACUGAGCAUGCUAGGAGAAAGACUGUUACUGCAAUGGAUGUUGUUUACUCUUUGAAGAGACAAGGCAGGACUCUUUAUGGAUUUGGUGGUUAAGAACUGUGAAAUCGUUGUUCACUUUUGUGUUUGUUUUGGUGUUAUUGUUAAUGUAAUUGAUUAGAUUUUCGUAUUAAUGAAAUGGAAUCUUGGUAUUAAUCUCAUUCUUGUGUCCCUUCGAUUUGAAUCAAAGGAUAUUUGAUUGAAUGCGAA